GAGGAUCAUCUGGCCCCGCCCCUUUGCAGACUUGACCACCGCCUGCGCGCGCAGUCGCACACAAGCCUCCUCAUCGCAUCGGCGAAAGCGCUCCGUGGACGACUAACCGGGCCGCGCGCGGUGCUGCUCCACGCGUGCCGAGCUGCAUGCGGCUGCUGCUCGCAUUUUGCGUUUUCAUGAGGACGGAACUGAGGUGCUUCUUCUAUUGUCUGCUCAACGUGCUGCUGAUUCUUCUAUGGACGCAGAUUGAGGUGCAGCGUCCGGUGCAGACAGUGUGACGUGGCCAUGCCAGCCCCGCCUCCCCCUCCUCCCCCAGGAGCCCCGCCUCCGCCCACCUUUGCACCCGCGAGCCGUGGGGAGCAGAAAGGAAGAAACGCUCUGUUGUCGGACAUUUGUAAAGGUUCCAGACUCAAGAAGGCUGUCACCAAUGACCGCAGUGGACCGAUACUCGACAACCCCAAAGGUGGAGGGAGUGCAGGAGGAGGAGGAAGUUCGGGCGGAGCGGGAGGCGGUGGAGGUUUUGGUGGCGGGGCCUCUCCUGGUUUAGGGGGCCUCUUUGCAGGAGGGAUGCCAAAACUGCGCUCUUCAUCCAACCGAGACUCCGCUGACUCCACGCCCCCCAGGGGACCGGCGUACCCCCCAAGUCGCUACAGCGGCCCCAGCCCCUUCAGCAGCGGUGGGCACUCCGGCGGUCCUCCAAAAUUCCCAGGGGCGUCUUCUGUGGUCCGUGGCGGCGUUCUUGACUUCCCCAAGAACCGGACAAGUCUCUCGCCGAGGCAAGACACUCCUGGAGGUCCUCCACCCGUGCCCAACACGCCGCGGCCCAACCAGAACUUCAGUCCCCGCGGUGGGCCGCCACCUCCUUCCGGACCCAGAGCCAGCCCUGCGUCCGGGCCGCCGCCCCCUAGUCUUCCCCCAGGGCGGCACGGGCCCCUUCCUCCGCCGCCGGGGGCACCAAGGCCCGGGUUCUCCACGUCGUCGCCCACGCCAUCCUCCAACAGCGGCAGACCGCCUUUGCCGCCAGCACCAGGGGGGAGGCCCACGCUUCCUGACGACCGACCUCCUCCCCCGCCGGCGCCGGUCGGGGGUCACCGGCCGUCGAUGCCCCGUGACCUUCCCCCUCCACCUCCUCCCGCCGUCAACUGCAAACCUCCCUCGUCUGCUUCCCCGCGCUCUUCUGGGGGAGCGCCGCCUCUCCCGCCCGGGCGCCCGGGACCUCCUCCUCUACCGCCCACGCCGGCCGUGGGGGACGACCACAGCACGCCUCGGCUACCCCAAAGGAACAGCUCGCUCCACAGCAAUUCCCCACAUACCCGCACGGGACCCCUGCCUCCGCCGCCCAACGAGAGGCCGCCAUCCUUCGGAAGAAACCAAAGUUCACCACGCGCAGGGCCGCUUCCUCCGCCGCCCCCCGCGGGUCGCAAUGUGGGCGGCGGCAGCGUGAGGUCAUCGCCGGGGCACUCUCCGAUCGGACGGAUGGGAUCGGAUUCCCCUCGUGGCGGCCCCGGUGGCAGACCCCCUCUGCCUCCGGACAGACCCGGGGCCGGGGGCGCCCCUCCUCCGCCGCCGCCGCCCAUGGGCAACGGUUUCCUCAACUCGCACCACAACCAGACACACGAUGACUGGGCGGCUCGCUUCACUUUCCACCCGGUGUCGGACCUGCCGCCGCCAGAGCCGUACCAGCCCUUCCACAAGACCUACCCCAGCAAGAUGGGCAAGGCGGACAGCAGAGGUUCGGGUAAAAAGGAACGAGGCGCUCCCCCUCUUCCUCCUACACCCAGGUGAAAAAGAUGAAGACAAACAUGCGAAGUGGACCAAAAGGACGGACGACAAAAGUGUUAAGAGAGGGGGGAGGGGGGGACUAUGUUUUUGUUUGGAAGAGUUUUAUCCACUAAUCAGACAAACGUUCCAGCCUCCACUAUCACAAGAUUCCAGUUCAUGCUUUGCCUAAUAUUUUAAUUAUUCCACAAUGUGUGUGUGAAGAAGUCGUUCAUUCGCACAAAACCAAUCAAAGUGUCACUCAGCUUCCUCAGGGGAUCCCUUUUUGUCCUUUUUUUCGGCUUCAAAUGUGGCGAGUCGUGUUCAUAUCGUGCCUUUUCCUGUCGGCCUGCUUCACGGCGUGGAAGGAGAUCCGCCAGGGAUGACCCCCGUGUGCCUUAAAGCAGAUAAUAUAUGACAAAUUGAGAAUAUUAUGCAGAUAAAAA